AUGCGGGUGCGGCUGGGCGCGCUGGCGGGCGGGGCGGCGCUGGCCGGGGCGCUGAGCUUCGUGCUCCUGGCCGCGGCGCUGGGCACCGACUUCUGGUACAUCAUCGACACCGGGCGGCUGGAGCGCGCUGGGCCCACCAACAGCAGCCGCCCCGAGCCGCUUGGCUCGCACUCAGGGCUCUGGAGGACCUGCGGCGCUCAGACCCCAUGCCUACCACUGAUGAACCCCUUCUGGCAGGACAACGUGACCGUCAGCGACUCAAGCCGUCAACUUCUUACCAUGCAUGGUGUGUCUGUGGUCCUGCUGCCACUCAGCCUCAUCCUCAUGGUGUUCGGAGCCAUGGCCGGUCUCCUAAGCUUCCUGCUCCGCGCCUCGCGGCUGCUCCUGAUCACUGGAACCCUCUUCCUGUUCGGAGCCCUGGUGACCCUGGCGGGCGUGGGCGUGUACAUGGCAUACUCUGCGGCCGCCCUGGAGGAGGCGCUGUGCCUGCUGGAUGAGGCAGCCCUGCUGGAGCAAGUGGACAUCCGCUUUGGCUGGUCACUGGCCCUGGGCUGGGUCAGCUUCGCAGCUGAGCUGCUCACCGGCCUGGCCUUCCUGGCAGCCGCCCGUCUGCUGCACCUGCGGCCUGGGCAGGACCAGAGCCUCUGAU